CACACACACCAUCUCUCAGGUCUCAGGACUUUCUGCUGUGGUUCUGGUACCCGCAUAAGACACACUCAUCUUCUGAAGGAUGGCUGGGACUCAUACUGUCCUGCUCACACUGCUGCCCACUGUCCUCGUUCUAAUUGUGUUGGCUGGUGUGGAAAGUGCAGCUGUUAAAGAUGUAAAAGACAGUAAAGCUCAAGCAGGAGCAUCUAAACGAGUUUUCAUGCCAGCAUCUGAUGCCUCAAACUUCUUCAAACGCCGCGGUCGCAGAUCCCCAAGAACUUAUGAAGAGUACUAUGCGGAGCAGAGGGUGAAGAUGGCUGCAAACGAGCGAAGGAGAGAGCACUUAGAGGAACAAAACAACGAAUACGAGAACUAUUUAGAGGAGGAGCGCGAUGGUGAGACUGAUCUCCCUGUUUGAUUAUCUUGGCUUCCAGAAAAGAGAA